AUGUCUUCAUUAAAAUCAUUGAUUACAAUUGUCAAUUUAUUAGUGUUGAUCAUGGGUCUGACAGCGGCGGCACCCACCAUCGCCAAUACACUAAUAAAUGAUAGCAAUGCCGCUUUGGUAGCAGCAGGAGAAUCAUCAUCAGCAACAGCCGCCAGCACCACCUCACCACCCAAUUCUUUGCGUUUGCGCAAACGUCAUCGUAAACGUCACAGCAAUUGGAAUAUUUACAAUAAUUUCAAUGAAAAUUCCAGCAUUGUGGAAUGGUAUAAUCCGUGUGGUGGUGUCUUUGAUCCAAAUGUCAAAAAUACUCGCCGUCCCAGUAAACAGGAACAGAGAAAGAUUUAUAAAUUUUUGAAAAAUACCGCCGUUCAUGAUUUGAAUCGCUUGAACAACAGUCACCGCCAGGAUAUUAAUAUUAGUAAUAUCACAACCUGGAGACUGUACAAUUAUAGAUAUAAAUUCUUGCCAAAAUUGAAAUUGAAUUCCAGUAUCGCCCUGAAACGUUGGUAUCGCAAUAUGCAAACCUAUGUUGCCUCAUUUGCCUAUUUGCGCCGCAUCCAAUACACCUACGAUCAUUCGAAAUCACAACGUGAAAGUAGCACCUCCCAGGAACUGAAAGAAUUGUUGAAAAGUUCACGCAACAUGUUGUGCGAAUUGGAGGCAGCCGUCAACAAGACCCAUCCCUAUAAGUCGUUGCAAAUGCCCGUUAUAACACGCAGUGAAAUGAACAAACGCCUUAAAUUGCUGACCAAAGAGGGUGUCCUCAAUAAUCCUCACAAUUUACAGGCGGCCAAUUCAAUUGAUUUGAAAUUCGUAAAAUUCCAUUAUUUUGAAUAUUUGAAAAAUAUGGGACAACUUUUGCGAAAAUUCAAUAAACGUCGAGGACAAGUUGCCUUGAAAACCAAUCAUGUGGUAAAUGGUUUGUCUGCCAGUGGAGUUGAACAACCACAACAACAGCAAACACAAUUUAAUGAAAUUGAAAAAAGCUCCAUGGCCACAAAGGGCAAAGCUAAACAGACAAGAGGUGACAGGUUGGCAAAUUUGCGGUUACUGCACACGCCAUCGUCAACACCACCACCAUCAACAUCCACCGCCGCCGCCAAACAUUUUAUAGUCUUCAUAAUUCUUGACAGUUUAGCCAUUGUUGCACACUCAAAAUACAAACAAAAAAGGCAAGAAAUUUGA